CUACAUCGCGGACGGGGACCAGUACAUCGUGGCCCUCGCCAACAACCCAGAUGUGCAGGCGGCGCGGUUUGGCGCCUUUGACCCGCUUCCGCCAGGGAUCGCAGCCGACAAGGUGCAUCGGUUCCUCGCGGGGCCCACCGACGCCGAGCUGGGCCAGCUUACGGCUUACGGCGGAGGCGGAGCAGGCGGCGCCGCCGCGCCACUCGCGCUUGCAGGCCCCGCGCUGGGCUUGCUGCGCGGCGCCGCUCCUGUUGGCCUCGGCGCUGGCGUUGGCGACCCGGACCGCGACAUCCGCGCGCUGUCCGACGGCCAGGGCCUCUUCGCGGAGUUGGUGCCGCCCGCAGCGCUGGCGACGCGGCCGACCGUGGCGGCAUCGGGCGGGCACCGCUUCGUCUCGGUGACGCUUCGCGCCCAGGGGGCCGGCGAGGUCCUCAAGACAGGCGAGUCCGACGCGUCGGUCCGCCUCGGCCCCGAGAGGCAGACGUGCCCGGCAGCGGCCCCGAUGGCCAUGACCGACGCCCGGCGCAAGGCAGCGCGCGUCUUGGGGCUGGCGAAGCUCGGGGCGCGCCACAUCCGGCAGCUCCGCCACUCGGGGCCCAGCCACGACCGCGCCGCGGCCCUGCGCGACCUCGAGCAGAUCCGCCGCCGGGGCCGCUGGAUGUCGUGGAGCUCCGCGCGGCGGCGCGGGAAUGGAGGGCGGCUCGCCAGGCAGCCGCGCAAGCUGCCCGCCGCCCAGCGCCGCCGCGCCGAGGCCCGCGCCCUGAGUCUGAGCCAGUCGCGCCGCGGCCGGCCCUGGCCGGCGGCGCCAGUCCGCCCGACCCGCCAGCGAUGUUAG